AUGGAGAAGAUCAGUGAGUUGGCGGAAUUGGCCACAUCCCAGCCAAACGAAUGUCAUCAGAUUCUGGCCGAGAAGCCCUUGGAUUGUUUCAAGGCGCUCAAGAAUUGUCCCGAUUCGUUGGCCGAGCUGGUUUUAGAGGUAAAUUUUAAUUUUAUUCUCAUUUUGUAUUACGCUUUUCAUUUUGGAAUUCUUCAAGUUGAUUUUUUGCUCUUUCAGGAGCUAAAAGUUCGUUGGAAAGCGGCCGAAGAGCGAGUUAAACAGCUGGAUGCGCUGGCGAAGGCAGUGAAUUUUGAGAACAAGUCAGUGGAAGAAGAUCGGUGGGAGAUUGUGACAGAACUCAUCGAAAAAGCCGUUCAAGGAUUCGAUCUCAAGGCCGAGCAUGCGGUAAGCAACAUCUCUUUUAUCGACCUUAAAAUUUGGCGUAUUUUAAGAUCGAUAAAACAUCAUUAUGACGUAUUACAACGAACCAAAAAAUCGGAAAAAUUUUUUGGUUCACCCUAAUAUUUUCCUUUACAAAGUAGUAGGCUUUAUUUUCAGAAGAGAAAAGUCAAACUUGGCCAUCGAAUUGUCUUCGAGACCAAGCUGUUGUUGGUCAUAAACAGAGCCUUUGAUCGUGCCGAAGCUGUUCUCAAGGACUUCUACGCUCUUCACAACGAUCGAGACGCAGCCGGCUAUGAGCGAGAUGAUCUCCGGAUGGAGAUUCGCCUCUGCGACAUGUGCUUUGUGGAGGUUCAUACUGGAUUCCUGAAGAGUUAUUUGGGAGUUGAUUGGUAG